GACACGGUCACACCGCAACCAACGCCGACCAACAGAAAAUGGCGUCGUCCGCCUGAAAAUUGGUGUCUUUCUUGGAAAAUCCACGCUCAUUUGACCAGCGAAACGCGAAAAAUGGCCCUGCCCAGUAACUACAAGCAGAUAGCCGUGGGUGCCCAGGGGCCGGGUUCGGCAACGCCGCUGCAGGGAGUUGUUGGCGUAGGAGGCGGCGGGGGCGGAUCCGGCGGCGGUGGCAGCCGGUCGCGUUCUUCCGGCGGCGGCGGAGGAGCCGAUCGCAACAAGGACCAGACGCCCAUCUUCACGCACAGCAACUACGGCAAUCCGGCCUUCACGCCGCAGAAAGUGACCAAGUCCUCCAGCAGCAAGAACCAGAACGAAUCCCGGCUACCCAAGCCACCAAAGCCGCCGGAGAAGCCCAUACUGCCGUACAUGCGGUACUCGAAACGCGUUUGGGACAGCGUCAAGGCGCAGCAUCCUGAGCUGAAGCUCUGGGAACUGGGCAAGAAGAUAGGGGCCAUGUGGAAGCUAUUGGCCGAGGACGAGAAGACCGAGUUCAUCGAUGAGUACGAGGCGGAGAAGUUGGAGUACGAAAAGUCGCUAAAGGCCUACCACCAGACGCCCGCCUAUCAGGCCUAUAUGUCGGCCAAAAGCAAGGUGAAGACCGACGUGGACAUGCACGAAACUCCGUCCAGAGGUGGCGGUAGCAAGUCGCAGCACGAGCGACGCAUCGACAUCCAGCCGGCGGAGGACGAGGAUGACCAGGACGAAGGCUAUACGGCCAAGCACAUGGCCUACGCCCGUUACCUGCGGAACCACCGGCUGAUCAACGAGAUCUUUUCCGAGGCUGUCGUCCCCGAUGUGCGGUCUGUGGUGACCACCACGCGGAUGCAGGUGCUCAAGCGUCAGGUCAGCUCGCUGACGAUGCACCAAACCAAACUCGAGGCGGAGCUCCAGCAGAUGGAGGAAAAGUUUGAGGCGAAGAAACAGCGCAUGGUAGAGUCCAGCGAGGCCUUCCAGGAAGAGCUAAAGCGGCACUGCAAACCGGCCGUGGAUGAGGACACUUUCCAGAAGAUGGUGCAUCGCAUGUAUGAGGACAUCAAGCGCGACCGCCAGCGGUUGGAUGAGCCCAGUGCGAACAACUCGACUAAUCCUGUAGCUGCUGCUGCUGCUGUCACGAGGAGCGAGGAAGCUGCCAAACCGCCCACGCAGCCAGGACAGCCGGGUGCCACGCCCGCUAACCAGGAGACGACGCCGCCGGUGGCAGUGCCUCCCAAGGAGACACCGCCGGCUGUGAAGCCAGCCACUACCAAUCCCACUCCGAGCUCCACGCCCAUUGUCCCGCCUGCGCCCACAGUGCAUGUUCAUGAAACGGCCAGCAAAACGGAUCCCGAGCCCAUGGACAUUGAGCCGCCGCCCAAGCCGUCGGUACCGCCGCCGCCCAUAAAGCCGGAAAAGCUGGAGAUGGCCGCUGCCCUGCCUCCGCAGUCAACGCUCGUUGAGCCUCCAAAGUCAGAGCCGGUCAAGGUUGUGACUCAGCCCGGCAAGGUGCCCACACCUGUUCCGACACCCACGCCGCCGCCCGAAGUGCUUCCCGUUGCUGGAGCAGCUCCUGCAGCGACGGCGACGACGACACCCACUCCACCGCCGGUGCAACAGCAGGUGCCACUGCCCCAGCAACAAGGCGCUCCAGCUCCUCCGGCAGGCAUGCCGCAGAUGCAUCCACAUCCCGGCCAUCCGCCGCCCGGACAUUCCCUGAUGCCACCGCACAUGGGACCUCAUCAACCGCCGCCUGGAAUGCCUGGCCUGCCGCCGCCACCUCCGCACUCUGGUUACGCAAACUACGGAGGGCCGCCGCACGGUCCACCACCUGGUCCACCAGGUGGACCCGCACGGCCGUACUACCAGCCCCAGUACGGAGGUCAUCCCACGCCGCAGCCCUAUUACGCGCCCUUCUCGCCGUAUCAGCAGUCCUAUGGGCCGCCACCUGGGUCGCAUUACAUGUCGCCGCGUCCGCCACCGCCACAGCAUAAUGGCAAUCCCGGACAUCCCUAUGCGCCUGAGCAUGGGAGCAAUCCGCCGCCACCCCAGCAGCAGCAACCGCCGCCGGGUCAUCUGCACGAGCCCAGUGGAGGACCAGGAGGUCCAGGCGGAGGUGGACCAGGAGCGGCAACAGCAGCGCCAGGAGGAGGAGCAGGAGUCUACCCCACGCCAGGGGCAGGAGCGGGACCAGGACCAGGAGCACCUCCGGCAGCUGGAGGAGCACCGGUGGGCGAGGUAGCAGCAGCUGGUGGAGCUGCACCUCCUGCAACGGCGCCUGGCAAGCAUCCGGAGACGGAGAAGCACGAGGCGGACUAAGACCAGGAGUGGAGCCACCCACUAUCCACCAACUCCUCCACUCAGAUCCUAGUUGUAGUCCCUAAAUUAUACAUGCAUCGAUCCCUGUGUUGUAACAUAGCUGUCCCCUCUUGAGCCUCCGCCUCUGCUCGCUGUACUCCGAAAACCCGUCGAAAUCCCCCAAUCUGAACCCCAUUUAGGCGCCCAGAAGUCCCCAUCAACUCCAUUCUCGAUUAAGUUUAAAAUUCAUUUUUUUUCGUGAGGCCUAAUUUUAAUAUUUUAUUAAUUGAGUGUGCGUCGCAUUCUGGACUGUAUGCUAAAUAUACGAGUAAAAUAAAUGUACGUUUAUAUGUAAAUGAAGAAAAA